UGCCGAUCCAAAGGCCUGGCUCAGGAGUGAUCCUGUGCCACCUGUACCAUCAAGAUCAAGAUCAAGAUCGAGCUUCACGUGCAAGAAAGGCAGACAGGCGGGGGCUUUCGUGCGUGGCUACCAAUCACUCUUCACGGGUACUGAGAGGUAGCAGCACACUGCUCCUACGAGGUGGUCACUGCCUCACCCUGCUGCCUAGCCACCACCACCACCAGCGGUGUGGAGGUGAAAACAGGAGAGGUUGCACCACCACCACCAUGGAGCAGGUUGCCCACCACUUGGAGGAGAAGGAGCGGACCCGUGACAUUGAGAUUGAUGAAAAUGUGACUUUUACUGACCUGCUGCUGUCUGAGCCGGUGCUGGCUGGUCUGCACACUGCAGGAUUCAAGCGACCCAGCCCCAUCCAGCUGGCGGCCAUCCCCCUGGGGCGCUGUGGCCUGGACCUGGUGGUGCAGGCCAAGAGUGGCACUGGCAAGACAUGUGUGCUGGCUGUGGUGGCCCUGGAAGCUGUGAGUGUUGCCUCACCAGCCACCCAAGUGGUGGUGGUGGCGCCCACGCGUGAGGUGGCUGUCCAGGUGGCACAGGUGGUGUCCACAUUGGCCAGCGCCAUGCCUGGCCUGUCCACAGCAGUUGUCAUUGGUGGCACCAAGCUGGCUGAUGACAAGGCCAGGCUGCAGCAGUGCCAGGUAGUGGUGGGCACCCCAGGCCGCCUGGCUCACCUGGUGUCUCUGGGCCACCUGCACCUGCACUGUGUUAGGCUGUUGGUGCUGGACGAGGCUGACCGCCUACUGGAGGGAAACUUCCUCGGCCCGGUGACUGAUCUGGCCAGUGCCCUGCCCCUCAACAAACAGGUGCUGUGCCUGAGUGCCACCUUCUCAGAUAGUGCUGCGGCCCAGGCUGAGGGGCUGAUGCGCUCCCCAUCGCAUGUGCGGCUGGACCGAGACUCACCAGCCCUGCUUGGGGUGAACCAGGUGGUGUGUCGCCUGCAACACGUGGCAUCCCCACAUCUGCGUCAGGCAGCCAAGGAGGCAGAGCUGCUGCGGCUGCUCUCCCAUGUCACCUUCAACCAGUGCCUAGUGUUCUCAGGCUCACAACUCCGUGCUGAGUCCGUGUGUCACCGACUCAAGGCCGAGGGGUGGCCAUCAGCCUACCUCACAGGGGCUCAGUGCCAGACGGAGCGCCUAGCUGCUUUGGAGUCAUUGCAGACCCACCGCUGCCGCAUCCUGGUGGCCACGGACCUGGCAGCGCGUGGCCUUGACUCGGCCCAUGUCAAUCUGGUGGUGAGCCUCGACCUUCCCCAAGAGCCAGCCACUUACUUACACCGAGCAGGCCGUGCUGGCCGCUAUGGUUCCCGGGGUGCUGCAGUGAUGCUGGUGUGCGGCCCAGAGGAGUGGUACGGGGCCAGGGCCAUUGCCACACUGGCCAAUGUCAGGCUGCUGUUGGCUGGCAAGCACUGGGUGAACCAUCUGGCCAUGAAGAAGGUGGAGGGAUGGAAGUGGCCAGAAGGAGGGAAGGAGGAGAAGGUGAGAAUGGAGGAAUCAGAUGAGGGAAAAACAGGAAGUAUAGAAAAACAGGAGGAAGAGGGAGUGGAUAAAUCACAGGAAGGAAGGAUAGGGGUGGAAGGAUCAAAUGAGGGGAAGGAGGAAGAAGUAACCAGACUGAGGGAGGUGGACCACUUAGAUGAGGAGGAAGCACAUGCCUGGCUAAAGACACACAAGCCCUACAGGAAGGAGUCUGUCCCUGCCACACCCCAGCAGGAGAAUGGGGAGGUGCAGUCAAAGAACAACAACAAAUUCGUGAAUGGAGAUGUGAACCCACCAGUGAGUGAGGCAAAGUGUGAGACAAUUACAGAAACCCAAAGAGAUCAUGAGGUGAAGAAGAAAGUGAGAAGGAAAGAAAGAGACCACAAUCAGGAGGAGGAAGAGGAAGAAAAAGAGAACAGAGGAAACAUGAAGAGACACAACACUUCCACACAAACAAACACUCACAAAAAUACACAAAAAUCACCCCAAAAACACAGAGAGAAGCAGGAAAUGAACACAGACACUCAGAAGAAACACAACACAGAGACAGACUUUAAUACCAAAGGCACUGUCAUGUCUCUAGUAAGCAGGGUGUGGCACAGACCCCCCCCAGUCACCAUGUCUUAUGCCCACCUGCUCUCAGAAUGCACAACACACCACAACACGUCCACCCCAACCUCAGACACCCAGGUAAAAGUCCCACCGUGGCCUGUACAGGUGGAGGCAACUGAGAGUGAGGUAUUUGCCCUAGAGAAGUACCUGGAUGGGCAGCGAGAGGAGGCACAGGAGAGGAAGGAGGCAUGGAGUGGUGUGCGAUUUGAUGCCUUUGCUGUUCUUGAUGCAAUGACUCAGGGGAGGAAUGCAAGGGAGGUGCUGGAGGAGGAAAUACAGCGGUCCACACAUGCCUUCCCUCACACUCCCGUUUCCCCCACACCAAGCACUGGCAGCAUUCACUCAUCACCCAGUACCUCCCAGCACUCCAGUCACUCCCAACCCAAGAACCACAAAUCUAAACAAAGCCAAAAGUCAUCCAGUUCUGAAGACUCAUCCUCAUCUAGUGACUCAGAGCUCCCCACUACAGGACAAAAGCAGGUUUCUUCACCCCCACAAAGGCAUGUUUCUUCACCCCCACACCCCACACAGCACACAGCACAGCACCUCUCAGCAAUGCACAGCCAAGCACCACAGCCUCAGAGAGAACAGCCAGUGCACAACACCACAGGAACACGUCCGAAGGAGAGGAAGCAAAGAAAGACACAAAGUCGGGAAAGUAAGAAUGAAGCAGAGAGUAAACCAAUGCACUAUCAGAGCUACCAUGACAACUACAAUUACAGUGGUUACAACAACAACUACAACUACAACCAAGGGUACCCAGGUUAUGAUCAGAAUCAACAGUACUACUACAACCAGUAUGCAGACCAUAACACCUACAACGGCUAUAACCAAGGGUACUAUGAUUACAACCAAGGACACAGCUACCAUGAAUCCACACAACUACCCACACACACACACACAGGGUACACACAGGGGAUGGACGCAUACAUAAGAAGUGCAUGCAAGUUUGCGUCAAUGAUGGAGUAUGUGAGCAACAUGGGACGAGUGAGUCUGUAUGUGUCUCAGGAUUACCACAACAGGAGGCAGCAGUGGGGGGAGCAGACAGGUGGUGAGGGAACAACAAGGCAUGGCUGGGGUUGCCACAGUGCUGGAGAACAAGGCAGAGGAGAGAGGCGACAUAAACAGUAGUAACUGCCACUCUGCUCUAUGAACAAAAGAACGGCUGUGAUGGUUAAACUGAAGGGGAAAGAGAAACAGUGACAAGACAGCAGUAACAGCUACAGAACAAGGUAGAAGAGAACAGUGGCUUAAGCAGUAGUAACAGCAACAGAAGAGGAAAGAAGGGAGGAGUGACAAGGAGAAAAGUUGUGAUAUUUAAUCAGGAGAAAGGGAAAGAAGAGAGCAGUGACAAACAGCUGUAACACUGCCACUCUGCAUUGUGUACCAAGGAACUACUGUGAUAUCUAAAGUGAAGGGAAGAGAGAGAGAAGUGACAUUACAGUGUGGCCUUACAUGCCUAACUGACUAGAGAUUGUGAAUAGACAGGCGAUAGUGAAAGUAAAUUAUAUGUUUUAGAUGACACAAAAGGAGCAGUGAGCAUUUCUGCAUUUGUGACUGAUUGAAUAAUGUCAGAUCUGAGUAGGAAAGUGUAUGUGAAGUUAAAUUAUUACUUUUAUAUAAACAGCAGCUACACCAGAGCUUUGUGAUGCCUUGAAAAAUUCCUUCUUGCUCAUUUACUUUUUUUUGUGUGUACUUAUUUGUUUAUAAUUGUGUAUAGUAAGGUUACAACAAUUCUUUUUUAUCUUGAAAAUGUUCAGUUUUUUGCAUAUUCAAAUUCUUACAUAUUUUUUAAUAAAGCAGGGCUGUGAACAUGUAUAAUUGCUUGUUAUGGGAGGAAAAUUAGUUAGCAACAUUCACUUAUCCAGCAAAAUGGAAAUAAGUGUGGUGAAUGCUGUGGUUUGGUUUACGGGAUGAGCUGACUGGCAGAACACAGCACACCAGUCUGUGAUGGAGGUGUGAACUAUAUAAUAAAGUAAUAUUGAACAAA